CGACUCUUAAAAAGUGUCAAAGGAAUGUCUACUGAAACAUCUUGACAGUUGACAUUAAAUGUGAGGAUUUAAUAAGUGUAGCUAAUAUUAAAUCUCCCGUUUUUAAGUGAUUUAAACAUGCCGUGCUGGUAUUAUGAAAAGAAAGAACUUCGCAACACACCGUCUAUUCAGGAUGGUAUCGAUUACGAAACAGAAUGUAGAUAUCGAAAAGAAGGCGCACGUUUUAUAAUAGAUACUGGUACAAAAAUGGAUUUAGGUUAUAACACAAUGGCAACGGGUGUUGUUUAUUUUCAUCGAUUCUACAUGUUUCAUUCGUUCAAAAAUUUUCCACGAUAUGUAACGGCUUGCUGUUGUUUACUCUUAGCUGGCAAAGUUGAAGAAACUCCAAAGAAAUGUAAGGACAUCAUAAGGACUGCCAAAACUUUAGUAUCGGAACAAAAAUUUAUGACGUUUGGAGAAGAUCCCAAAGAAGAAGUUUUGAUCUUGGAGAGAAUUUUAUUGCAAACUAUUAAAUUUGAUUUGCAAGUGGAGCAUCCAUAUAGUUAUUUACUAAAAUAUGCAAAGUGUUUGAAAGGUGAUAAAAACAAGCUACAAAAGAUGGUACAAAUGGCCUGGACAUUUGUUAAUGAUAGUUUAUGUACCACUUUGUCGCUACAAUGGGAACCAGAGAUAAUAGCUGUUGCUCUAAUGUACUUGGCAGGAAAGCUAAGCAAAUUUGAAGUAGUAGAUUGGGUUGGAAGACAACCGAAACAUUUACGAUGGUGGGAUAUGUUUGUUGAGGAUGUUACUAUGGAUCUUUUAGAAGAUAUUUGUCAUCAGGUAUUGGAUUUAUACUCGCAAGCGAAUAAUGCAAAACCACCAGAUUCACCACCUAUGAUACCAUCCAGCGAAGUGUGCAGAGAACGAUCCGUUACUGCUACUACUACAGAAUCUGCAUCUAAUACACCAAAUGUUACGCCUGGAAAGUCUUCUAAAAGCAUUGAAGCAUCGACAGUUUCUGCAAAUGGAUGUCCAGCUACAGACAUGGCAGAUACAAUAAAACCAAUAGACACCUCAACAGCACAUUUUCCCACAUACUCGACGAAUUUUGCAUCUAACAAUACAAACUAUCCACCGGCGUUUCCACCUACAAAUGUUUCGGUUCCUCCUCCUCCUCCUGUGAAUACAAUGAAUCAUAUCGUACCAACGAUACAUCACAUUGGAUCGUCCGCUGCUAUUCGUCCUACUCCACCAUCAGCACCGACUACUAAUCAAGCAGCUUUUCAACCAUAUUCCUAUCCAACAAACGCGUCGUAUUUUUCAGCAAAUAAUCCAAUUCAGCCACCAGCCGCGCCGCCACGUAGUUAUUAUCCACCGCAACCAUAAUGAAAAACAAUGUAUUGCGCGCGUUCAAUGUAAACUGUAUGAGCGUCAUUAUCUUGAUUAAAUUUCAGAAUAGUGAAGACGUUACUAAUUUAAUUUUGUGCGUACUUUUAUAUCUGUAC